AUGGGGAGCGUGAAGAAGAAGGCCACGGCCAUGGCGCAGAGGAGCGCCCACCACGGCAAUCGUACCUCAUCCUUGAAGACGGUGCAGAGCACCAGCGCCUCCGCCAUGGCCAACGCGGCGGCUGGCGCCGGCGGCGAGGACGCCGGGAGACCUCAGGCUCAGGUUCAGGUGGCGGCGGUGGAGGUGCGGUCGUACUUCCCGUUCCCGUACGCCGCCGGCCCGUUCCGGCCCUCCGCGGGCGGCGGCGGCGGCGGCGUGAGCUUAGGGACUCAUCAGGCUGAUCAGCCGCCGGCGCCGGAGGUGGUGGCGGCGCAGCAGCAGCUGCCGCACUUCCCGUACGCGCCGCGGGGCGGUGGCAGCGCCAGCGCGUCGUUGUCGGUGGAGUGCGCGAUCUGCCUGGAGCGGCUCCGGCGCGGCGAGCUGUGCAGCGAGUUGCCGGAGUGCCGCCACGUGUUCCACCGGGACUGCGUCGCGCUGUGGAUCAAGAGCAAGAGCACGUGCCCGCUGUGCAGGGCGCGGAUCUCGCCGUGGUUCUCGGGAUCGAUCGGAGCGCCGCCGCCGCCGCUCGCUGACAUGGUGUAG